ACUUUAGGGUUGUCGAGUGAGAGCGCUCUCAUCCCAUCACUAUCCAAAACAGAGAGGCCGAGACGAAUUAACUACCGAGCUGUCAUUUCGAACAUAGACAGGGAUUUCUUAGGGUAAAGGAUGUCAGCAACAUCUGAUCAAAACCAACCAAAGCUCCUCUCAUGACCUCCACCCAAAAAGUUCACUGUUCUGUUCCGACUUCUGAGUGGCCUGGCCUGUUUGAAACAGCAGAACCCCAGUCCCCUGGAAAUCCAAUCCAAUCCAAAACCCUUGUCAGAAAAGAAAUCAGAAUAAAACAAAGAGCAAAUCAACGUAAUGAACAGAAGAAAUCAAGCUUCGGUGGCAGAAGACUCCGAAGGAGAAAAGAAGGAAGAGGAAGAAGGGCAAAGUAGUUCCUCAGACUCAGAGACCUGGGUUUUGUUAAGGAGAUUGAUGAGCAAGAGAAGAACAUGGGCGUGUCUGUUGGUGUUGGUGUACGCUCUUCUUCUGUCUUCGUCAUGGAACCUCCUCCGUUCCAUUCUAUCUUGGUACAAUUCCAACGUCUCUUCCACUUCUUCUAAUGGAGCUGGAGCUGCUGGGUGGCCGGCUCUUUACGCCUCGGUGCUCUUCGGCGCCUUGUUCGGUCUGCUUUCUAUGGUGGCAGCGCUGGCCGUUGCCGUCCCUGCAACCGUUGUGACAUGGAUUACUGUGCUGGUGCUCCUCACUUUCUGCGGAAAGCCUCGCCGGUCUCUGGUGCUAGAAGGAAGGAAGAUCACGGCAGAUAUUACGGGGUUUGCCAUCAAAGUUGUGAUCAGGGAAGGGAAUAUCGUGGCUGCCGUGUGUGCGCUUCUUGGGUACUUGGUGCUUGUCAGGAGGGCUGGUGAAGACGACUGAUUUACUCCAUUCACUGGUUCUUCCUUCUUCCUUCGUUCUCCUUUCCCUUCGUUCCUUUUCUUUUAGUUUUAGAGUUGGUUAAUUAAUGUAGUUAUUCCCUUCAAGUUCUAGUCUGCUACUGAUACAAUACAACUAAUCUUAGAGCUUUUUCUUUUCUCUCUCUCUCAGCUUGUUCUCCAAAAUGAGGCAUGUUAUUUGUGUAAAAUAGUACUGUUUACAGAUUCAAGAGAAGUUUUUUUGUUAGAAUGCUUAA